AUGGAGAAGAUCAUUAAGAAGGCCUUGGUGCAGUUCCUCGAGCAGCAUCAUCUCCUUUCCAAUGCCCAACACGGCUUUCGAAAUGGUAAGUCCUGCCUCACGAAUCUGCUCUUUACGCUUGAACGAUGGAUCAAAGCACGUGAUGAAGGCAAUGUGGUGCACGCCAUCUAUAUCGACUCCAAAAAGGCCUUCGACAGCGUUCCUCACCAACGUCUUUUGUACAAACUGCGCAACGCUGGAAUUCGAGGACGCCUUCUUGUAUGGAUCCAGAGCUUUUUGGCUGGACGGUCCCAAAGAGUGCAGGUCAGGCGUCAACAGUCCUCAGAUGUAAGCGUGGUGAGUGGCGUCCCACAGGGCUCAGUCUUAGGUCCCACGUUAUUUCUCGUUUUCAUAAAUGACUGCGUCAAGAACCUAGACUGUGAUGCUAUCCUGUUUGCCGACGACAUUAAAUUGUGGAAGGCUGUUCACAAUGCGGCAGACGCAGACCACCUGCAAGCAAACCAGAACAGGCUCGAAGACUGGUCGAAGCGCUGGCUUAUGCCCUUCAAUAUAAGCAAGUGUAACUUUCUUCGACUCGGCGGCUUCAGAGCCCCCAGCUCCAGGACCUCUUUUCUGCACGGCACACCAUUGCAACAGGUUGACAGUCUGAAGGACCUGGGUGUAUGA